AGUUUGUUGGACGUGCACUUCGUGUUAGGACAAGCAGCAAGUGUGAUUUUUUUUUUAUUUUAAAGGCGACCAAAAUAUCUAAUUAAAAUGAUAAACAAAGGUAACCAAUCACUGACCGAAUACCUUCUAAUUCACUACCGAUGGGUGUUAGUUUGUCUGUUUUUAUUGCCGCUAUCUUUUUUUUAUGAUUUGUGGUCAUAUCUGAGAAACUGGAUUGUUUUUAAAUUGACCAGCGCGCCCAAACAGCAUGACAAGAAGGUUAAAUAUGUUCAAAAGCAGAUUCGAGAAUGGGCUACUCAUGGCAAAAAAAGUCAAAUGUGCACGGCAAGACCAGGUUGGCAAACCGUCUGUUUCAGGCAGCCUUUAUAUAAAAACUCUAUGAAACAAAUUGAAGUAAACUUGGUAGACAUACUGGAAGUGAACAUUGACAAGAAAAUUGUCAAAGUUGAGCCGUUGGUCAGUAUGGGACAGUUAACAGCUACCUUGAAUCCAUUGGGCUGGACAAUUCCUGUCUUGCCAGAAAUUGAUGAUUUGACAGUAGGAGGCUUAGUAAUGGGUACUGGAAUUGAAUCAUCGUCCCACAUAUACGGAUUAUUUCAACAUAUUUGUGUUUCCUUCGAGCUAGUCCUUUGUGAUGGAAGCUUAGUUAAAUGUUCAAAAGAUGAGAACCCAGAUCUUUUCUAUGCUAUUCCAUGGUCUUAUGGUACUUUGGGCAUUUUAACUGCAGUUGAAAUCAAACUUGUUCCAGCUAAAAAAUAUGUAAGGCUUACUUAUGAAGCCGUCACAGGAUCUGAUAAUAUUGCCAAAAAAUUUACUGAAGCCAGCACAAAUUUAAAAAAUGAAUUUGUUGAAGCUUUGGGUUAUAGCGGGAAUGAAGCCGUCAUUAUGAAAGGUGUACAAGUCGACCAAGUGGAACUGGAUAAGAUAAAUGCUAUAGGAAAAUGGUACAAGCCUUGGUUCUUCCUUCACGUCAAAGGGAUGUUGACAAAGAAAACCCCAGUCACAGAAUAUAUCCCAUUACGGGAUUAUUAUCACAGACAUACAAGAUCGAUAUUCUGGGAGUUACAGGACAUUAUUCCAUUCGGCAACAACUUCCUCUUUCGAUUUCUUUUGGGCUGGAUGGUACCUCCAAAAAUAUCUUUACUUAAAUUGACCCAAACUGACGCAAUAAAAAAACUGUACGAAAAUAACCACGUGCUCCAAGAUAUGCUUGUGCCAAUAGAAACAUUCAAGGAAAGCAUACAAAUGUUCCAGGAUACGUUUAACGUGUAUCCGAUAUGGCUGUGUCCGUUUAUUUUGCCAAAUAAUCCAGGAAUGCUUCGUCCAAAAGGAAACAUAGCGCAUUUGUAUGUUGAUAUUGGCCUAUAUGGUGUCCCCAAAGUUGAAAAUUUCAGACCUAAAGAGGAUACGCGAAAAAUUGAAAAAUAUGUUACAGAUGUAAAAGGUUUCCAAAUGUUAUAUGCAGACACCUAUAUGACAAAAGAAGAAUUUCGCAAAAUGUUUGAUCAUACUCUGUAUGACAAAGUGAGGAAACAAUUAGAUUGUGAAGCUGCCUUUCCUGAUGUGUACGACAAAGUUUCUAGAUCUGCUAGAUUUUAAUUACUAUUGUAUAAGGAUUCAAGAAUAAAAUAUUAUUUGUU